AUGGCUAGGCAAUUAUUCACUCCUCCGAUAACAAACCCAAGGUUUGACCCCAAUCAAUCGAUCAGGGAAUCGUACAAGAACACAACUAAUUGCAUUCAAUUUCAACAGAUUUCACAUCAGGAUCAAAAUGACAAUGAAAAAAGCAAUUGUGAUGGUGAUGAAGAUUCUACAACCAGCGAAAGGUUGGAUAACAUUAAAUCCCCUAUAUUAACGAAACAAGAAAUUGACGAUGCAUUAAAUGGUGUAACCAAUUUACCAUCGGAACUAUCAAAAUUGAUUGAUAUUUUUAUUGACGAUUUAAAACAACCCAAAUAUGUACGGCCACUGACAGUUUUGCAAUUAUCUAGUGUUUUCCAAAGCUUUUACAUAAAAUUCGACAAAGCAUCAUUUCAGCACGUCAGUUUGGUGAGUAGCAAUGGCAAUAUUAAUGGUGGUCCCAGUUCGUUUUUAGCAGCCAAAGAAACAUUAAGUAGUGGGUUCAGCGGCAUUUUUGGAAGAAGCAGAAGUAGCAGUGGAAACUCGGUGAUGAGACCAAGAAGGUCUUCAUCACUUUUCAGUAAUGAUUCAAUAUCAAACUCUAAUAAUGCUACUCAAAUGUUAUCACCAGAAGAGAUCAAAAGGCAACUGAGAAUUAACGAAUUGAAUAACAUGAAAAUUGAAAAAUACAUGGAAUUUUGUGAAAGAGACGUUUUCAAGAAGAUUCUUAUAGUGGGUACAUCUGUAUCUUCACCGAACAAAAUGAAAACCUUAAAGCCACAUCAAUUACAAACCUUCAAAGUUGGAAAUCUGUUUAGAAAUAGUGUUGAAUUCACAGAAUAUAACAAACUAUUGAAUGAGAAAAUUUUCUGCUUGUCGAAACUCUCUACUAUGAACAAAAUUGAUUUGAUAAAAUUUUUGAGUCUCAAUAAUGGUAUUGAUCCGGAACCCAAAUUUGAGGAAAUCAAAGACAUCCUGUAUGAAUUUACAUAUCAUUCGAUUUCACCAUGUGAAAAGAUAAAGGCAUUACUAAAACUACACGAAAUUAUGACAUAUUCUCAAGAAAUGUCCAACGACGACUAUCUUUCACUGCUAAUCUACUACAUUAUCACAAUUGUUCCGCGCGAUAUUUUCCUGAAUGCAGAAUUCAUCAGGCUGUUUAGAUAUAAGAAGAAACUGGUCGAAACCGAAUCAUUUGCAUUGACGAACCUAGAAGCGGCAUUGGUUUUUGUCGAAGGCUUGACUAAGGAUGAUUUUUCAAACGAGCUGAAAGAUAAACUAGCUGAAAAUGAAGGUAAAAUUUUAGAAAGUUCAAUCAGUAGUAAAGUCUCAUUACCAUCAAAAACCACUAUGAUGCACAAAACCAACGGCAGUAAUAACACCAAUAUAGGAGACAUUGUGACCCCUACUAUUCAAAGACCAGAUGUUACCAGGUCCAAUUCGUAUGAUGGGUUCAGAACUGUUUUUGAUUCAUCAUUAAAGAACAUCAUUGGCAAAAUCAGAUCAUAUACACCACCUCACCCUAACACCGUUGGCGGCAAUAACUUUCAUAACAACACCAAUAACAAUAAUUUAAACAUACCACGAAGUUCAUCCCAACUAUCCAUGGAAUUAGUCAAUAGAGAUACAGUGGAAAUGCUUAGGGAUGGAUCACGAUCAACGUCAUCAUCUUCACGGUCUUCCGCGUCUUUAGAGCAUGGCAAUCGUGAAUGUACAGGCGACUUGACGAUAACUACUAGCGCUAAUGGUGUUGAUAAAAAGGAGAUUCAAAAGUCGUGGAAGAAAUAUAAAGGUCGUAAGUUUGAAGAUUUGACUAUAUGCGAACUAAGAGAUCUAUUCGAAAUAUAUCAAAAAAUGAUGCAAUAA